AUGCCUUACCUCGAAGCUGUGCUCAAAGAGGUCCAUCGAUGGAACCCUGUACUACCCUUAGCCUUGCCGCAUCACGUACGCCGUGAAGACGUCUAUGCAGGCUUUCGUAUCCCCGCUGGUUCCACAGUCAUAGCAAACACUUGGGCUGUGCUCCACGAUCCAACCUUGUAUCCUCGUCCCGACGAAGUCAUCCCGGAGCGAUAUCUCGACAAGUCUGACGAACAUCCCGACUUGAACCCAGACCCUCGAGACUUCGCCUUCGGCUACGGGAGACGGGUCUGUCCCGGACGGAUGCUUGCUGAAGAUACCCUGUUCAUAGUUGCGGCGUCCGUGCUCGCAUCAUUCAACAUCAGCGAUGCCGUCCCUCGGGAAGGUGAGGCGAUCAAAUAUGGCGGUGGUAUGAUAAGUCACCCGGACGACUUCACAUGCACCAUUAUCCCUCGCCGGGACUUCUCGGAAGGUGGGAGGGCGGCUAUCUAUGGCGCUGCCUGUCUAUUGACACCGUCUAUGCGAGCUGAUGCUGCUGGCACAUUUGGCACUUACCUCCACGGUUUGCUACCAACAUAUACCCUUGGUCAAGGCGCGAUGUUCCUGCCCCUCAUACUCUGUCUCGCCGCCUUCAUCGCCUACAAAUUCAGUCGAGGCGUCGGACGGCUGCCACUCCCUCCCGGUCCUAGAGGUAUUCCUCUCCUAGGCAAUGCAUUGCAGAUUCCCACAGAUCGUAGUUGGCUCGCGUUUGCCGAGUGGGCCAAAAUCUACGGCCCCGUUAUGCACCUCUCAGUCAUCGGGAGCUCAUUCAUCGUGCUGAGCUCCCGUGAGGCCAUCUUCGAUCUUCUGAACAAGAAGAACCUCAUCUACUCUGACCGCCCAGUCAUACCCAUGGCCGGAGAGUUGGCGGGCUUCCAAGAUUACACCGCGUUGCUGCCGUACGGUCCGCAGCAUAGAGAAGGUCGUAAACUUAUACUGGGUGUCUUGAAUACCCGGAGAGCAGAGGAUCUACAUGCGAUUGAGGAGGCUAAAGCGGUGGAGUUCGUAUCACGGCUGGCUCGCGCCCCGUCUGAACUUCAGACUCAUAUCCAAUGGCUCAUGGCCAACAGCUGUGAAGACCCUCUAGUUCAGUGGGUCCACAAAGCGCUGAGGGCAUUCAGUGACAUAACCGUGCCCGGUGCAUAUCUGGUGGACGUGUUGCCCUUCUUGAAGUACGUACCGCAAUGGUUUCCAGGGGCAACAUUCAAGCAUGUUGCGGAGGACGUCCGUCGAACCACCAUCGGAUUGCAGAACAAGUUGUACGAAGUGGCCCAAGAGCAAGUACAAGAGGGAAAGGCUAGGCCCUCAUUCAUCGUCGACUACCUGACGAGCAAUCGCAAGCGUACACCUGAAGACGAUGAGUUUUACAGACUAGUGUCAACCCAGUUCUAUGCGGGCAAGUCUGGCUCAGACACGACAACCUCUGCCCUGCUAUCCUUCUUCCUCAUGAUGGCUCAGCACCCCGAGAUUCAACGGAAGGCUCAAGCCGAAGUGGAUGCGGUCGUGAGCCACAGGCUGCCGAAGUGCAGCGACCGCAAGGACUUGCCGUACCUUGAAGCGGUACUGAAAGAGGUGCACCGCUGCAACCCAGUAUUGCCCUUGGCCUUGCCACACAAGGUUCGACAGGAGGACGUCUAUGCAGGUUAUCGCAUCCCUGCCGGUUCCAUGGUGUUCGCGAAUAGCUGGGCUGUUCUCCAUGACCCCGUGCUCUACCCCAAUCCCGACAAAGUCAUCCCGGAACGUUACCUCGAUAACACCGACGAAGCCCUCAACCCCGACCCUCGAGAAUUUGCGUUCGGGUACGGGAGACGAGUCUGCCCCGGACAGACACUCGCGGAGGACAUCUCUUUAUAG